CAUGUUGUGGUUAUUAGAAAAAGUUCAAGAUUCUAGUUGGAGCGUGAGCAAAAUCUCAACUUGUUAUAUUUUGUUUAGAUACAAUAAGAUCGUGGAAGACAUGAAAGAGUUGACGUUCUUGUGGCUGCCUAAUCGGUAUCGCUCGACUGUUUCAUUUCGGGAUUGGGAGGCUUGGUCUGAUCUUAAUUUGGAGCAUGGUAAAUUGUUUGCUGGCACACUACUGGGAUCAAUGGAAGUUCUGGUAAGAUGCUUUUACACACUAGAAACAACAACCAACUGCAGGUGGAAUUCUUUUUGUCAAGCAACGGAUUAAGGUCUACAUGCUAAAGAAGGGGUCUAUCAAAACUUGUUAUCCUUUGAUAAGGUAUUUAGUUUCUUAAACUUAAAUGUAUAUGUGGGAAUUGUGUUGGGUUAUACAUUUACUAUUAACGGGUUAAAUGGGUAAACUGAAAAAAAAGCUAAUCGAAUUGGGUUAAACCUUAAAAAGGAAUGAAGCAACUAAAAGAGAAAUAGCAAUGUAUAAUGAUGUAGAU